UUCUAUCGGCAUUGCAAGGAGAGAGGGAGAAACAUCCACGCCUCUGGUAACAGACAGGGAAUAACACAAGUGGGCUCAUUGUUGAUUAAAAAUCCCAGCUAAUGAGCAGCUCUGGGAGGACUUGCUCAGGAGAGUGAAUCCCGUGUGAGGAAUGCCGUGUGAGACUGUAAGGGAGUGAUGCAGCAAGGGAAACCCAAGCUCAUGUGCAAAACCAGAGGAUGUGUCCUGAAAACAGCCAACAGCCAAGUUCUUUGUGAGACAGACGGGGCUUGACAAAGCUUUCACAGGAAAGGUGUUGAUCUCAACAAACUGCCUUUGUUUUUUUUUUUUUUUGUUUUGUUUUUUUUCCUCGCAAGAAAAGAAUUGGCAACAAUUUCCUACUGAUUCUUCAGCAAAGGAAAUAUGAUCUCAUCUUCCCUCAGCUUGCAGGUGGUUAUUCCCCAUUGUCAGGCUCUCCCCUGGUUACACUCUGGCAGUCUGGGUGCUACAUUGUUGAUACGACUCCUCUAAUCACAAUAUUUCCUAUUAACCCAGGCAUUUUUCCUCUUAACAUUUCCAGCCUAAACUCAUUAAGGUGACAGUGUGCUCCAAGCUUUAUACAGCUGUGGAAAGCAUGGAUUUAGGUGGCAUUGACAGUUUUUAUGGCAUGGACUCUAAUGCCCAUCUCCAUUCCUGCAGGCACCUCCAAGAUGAUGAGUUAUUAUAUGGACACAACCAUCGGCAAUGCAGCUCCUUACCCUUUGGCUCGGCCUGGAAUGAUGCAAGGAGUCCCAGUUCCCUGCGAGGACCCCUGGGUGACCUGUGGCUUCCAGGCCUCCUGCUGCCAGCCCCGGCCGUGCUGCCCGCUGUGGGACGAGCCUGCCACGCAGGAGGUGCCCACCGGGCUGGAGCACUACGGCACAGACAUGGAAUGUGCAGAUGUGCCUUUAUUAACGCCCAGCAGCAAAGAAAUGAUGUCCCAGGCACUGAAAGCCACGUUCAGCGGCUUUGCCAAGGAGCAACAGCGGCUGGGAAUUCCCAAAGACCCCCAGCAGUGGACGGAGACGCACGUGCGGGACUGGGUGAUGUGGGCAGUGAAUGAGUUCAGCCUGAAGGAAGUGGAUUUCCAGAAAUUCUGCAUGAACGGAGCUGCCCUCUGUGCCCUGGGCAAGGAGUGCUUCCUGGAGCUGGCACCUGACUUUGUGGGAGAUAUCCUUUGGGAACAUCUGGAGAUCCUGCAGAAAGAAGAGGUGAAACCAUACCCAGCAAAUGGAGUGAACACCACAUACCCCGAGUCCCGCUACACCUCAGACUACUUCAUUAGUUAUGGCAUCGAGCACGCCCAGUGCGUGCCCCCCUCCGAGUUCUCUGAGCCCAGCUUCAUCACUGAGUCCUACCAGACCCUGCACCCCAUCAGCUCAGAGGAGCUGCUGUCCCUCAAGUAUGAGAGCGAUUAUCCCUCGGUGCUGCUGCGGGAGCCGCCGCAGGACUCGCUGCAGACAGACUACUUCUCCAUCAAGCAGGAGGUGGUGACGCCGGACAACAUGUGCAUGGGCCGUGCCAGCCGAGGUAAGCUGGGAGGCCAGGACUCCUUUGAGAGCAUAGAGAGCUAUGACAGCUGUGACCGCCUGACACAGUCCUGGAGCAGCCAGUCCUCCUUCCAGAGCCUGCAGCGCGUCCCCUCCUACGACAGCUUCGACUCUGAGGACUACCCUGCCAGCCUGCCCAGCCACAAGCCCAAGGGCACCUUCAAGGACUAUGUGCGGGACCGGGCUGACAUGAACAAGGACAAGCCUGUCAUUCCUGCUGCUGCCCUGGCUGGCUACACAGGCAGUGGACCCAUCCAACUAUGGCAAUUCCUGCUGGAACUGCUCACUGACAAGUCCUGUCAAUCCUUCAUCAGCUGGACGGGUGAUGGCUGGGAAUUCAAACUUUCAGACCCAGAUGAGGUGGCCCGGCGAUGGGGCAAGAGGAAAAACAAGCCCAAGAUGAACUACGAGAAGCUGAGCCGUGGGCUGCGCUAUUACUAUGACAAGAACAUCAUCCACAAGACGGCCGGGAAGCGCUACGUGUACCGCUUCGUGUGCGACCUGCAGAGCCUGCUGGGCUACACCCCCGAGGAGCUGCACGCCAUGCUCGACGUCAAACCCGACGCCGACGAGUGACAGGGACACGGGGAUGCUGCUGUCCUCGCCGAGAGCCCAUGGACUUGUUUGGUGGUUUCUUUUUUUAUCGAUUUUCGCUGUUCUUCUGCUCGUUUUUUUUUUUUUUUCAAGGGCCACUCAGAUUUGAGGCUUUGAGGAUGUCAGGGGAGAGGGGAGAGGAGGAAAGCUUUUGGGAUGGAUGGGCUUAUUGUUGAUUUCCUGAAAGCUCCAAGACAGGCUUUUCUGAGGGAAAAUUCUGAGUUUUAAUAAAGGCAGAAAAAUGUAGCUCACUUAAAAAAACCAACAACCCCCUCCCCAUGCUUGGCUGUUUAGGAAAAGAUGCGGUUGAAUGGAUCCCUUUGGUUGCUCACACACAAACUGACAGAUCAGGAAUGACAAUAUUCUAGAGGAUUUGAGGAAUUUAAACUUUCUUUUUUUGGAAAACCAAAAUGGCUGAAUAUUCUUGCUUUGGGGAGGGGAAAUAUAGGAAAAAAAAAUCAAGAACUGUUGUUCUUAUUCCAUCA